AUGACAAGUAACAUGGUGGAAUGCUUCAACAAUGUGCUCAAGGGUGUCCGUUCUUUGCUGGUCACUGCAAUAGUGAAAUAUACCUUCUUCAAGCUCAACGAGUAUUUUCUGAGGCAUUCAGAAGAGACAGCCAAAUGGAUAGUGGAUAGCCAUCCAGACAAGAAGAAGCUUCUCUCCGUGCAAGGCUUCGACUUCUUCCGGUAUGCAGAAAUCCUAGUACACUUCAUGAUUGCGCCUCUCUGGCCGGCCGACCCAAACGGAUGGUAUUCUCCUCGUGGUGAUGAUUACGUGGACAUGGCAUCUUACCAUGGCAAGAUCUUCACCGUCACGCACUCAGGGAAGCUCUUCUCCCAUGACCUCGUCCACCAUGGCUGCGAGCAUGUGAUGAAGAUGAGCCCAUCCAUUCAACCCGUGAACAACACCGUCUGCCACCUGGUUGUGUCAGUGUCAGCUGAUAAGGAAAAGCUACUGAUGGUACGGUGGAGCAGAAAGGCCAUGUGUGUCAUGGUUGAUGAUCAACGGAGGGCAAUGAAUCUGCAGGUAUUCGAGGCGGGCUUGGCCGAGGGCCAGUGGUUGGAGGUGAAGGACCUGGGAGGCCAAGUUCUGUUCCUCAGCAGGAGUUGCUGCAGGGCAUUUGGAUCGCCGGAGCAAUGCUACCCGAGAUUCCCACAAGGGAACCGUGUGUACAUCUUGGGCGUCGACUGGCACCUGAAGAGGACCGUCGCCGGUGCCAGCCCGUGUAAGUGCCAUGACUGUCAGCACGUCGGUGUUCCCAGCUACUGCGUGUAUGACAUGACCACCCAUACUGUGAAGCGCCAAGUCGGAGUGGCUCUUUCCAUGUGGGUGAUUCAAAUCCAGAGAGAUAAAUCGUACUAG